AUUGCCGGGAGGUGCUAUAGGGAUCAGGAGCCGGAGUGUUUUUGUCCCUGAGAAGACCCAUGGAGCUGGGGGAGUGCUUCCUGGUGUCCCUGGGAUGGGUGGCACUUCUCUACUGUGCAUGGAAGCUCCUGGCAGUCCUACAGCUGCUGUUCCCCAAGGCCUGGUACCCACUGCCCAAAUCCUUCUUCUCCUCACUGGGAGAAUGGGCAGUUAUCACUGGUGGGUCAGAGGGGAUCGGAAGGGCGUAUGCCUUUGAGCUGGCAAAAUGCGGUCUGAACAUCGUCCUCAUCAGCCGGACCCUGGAAAAACUGCAGACAGCGGCAAAGGAGAUAGGAGAAGCAACAGGGAGAGAAGUCAAGCUAAUCACAGCUGAUUUUACCAAGGAUGACAUCUAUGAACACAUCGAGGAGAACCUCACUGGUUUAAAUGUGGGUGUUUUAGUGAAUAAUGUGGGGAUUCUCCCAAGCCGCACACCUUGCAAACUCCUGGAUACAAAGGAUCUGGAACAGCAAAUCACAAACCUGCUCAACUGUAACAUAAAGGGUAUAAUGAAGAUGUGCAGAAUAAUUUUACCAGGGAUGGAGAAGAGGGGGAAGGGACUCAUUCUCAACGUCUCAUCGGGCGUGGCUCUGCUCCCGUGUCCACUCUACUCCCUAUACGGGGCCUCCAAGAUAUUUGUUGAAAGGUUCUCUCGAAGUCUUCAAGCGGAGUAUAAAUCCAAAGGAAUCAUCAUACAGGUGGUGACACCAUUUGGGGUUUCCACGGCGAUGGCCGGCUUUCAGGAGCCUAGCGUGGUAACAUUCACGCCUGAGGACUUUGUGAGGACGUCGCUGAACUAUGUUCUGGCUGGAGACCGCACACACGGCAGUAUCCCCCAUCAGACCAUGGGGUGGAUCCUUCAAGCAAUUCCAUUUAAAAUCCUACAUAGUGAGUUUAUGCAAGAUAAACUUUUAGAGUAUGUCAACAAGAGGGUCUACGUUGAUAAAACAAGUUCAUUAAAGAGGAAUCUAUAGGAUAUUUAUAGGAUCUUUACAGGAAUCUUCCCAGUCAUCUAAAACACAGGAUGUAGGUCUACAUUUUGCUCACAUUGGUAACUUUUUAUUUUGAGUGUGUCCAAUGUUGAUACCCAUAUCAACUAAAUAUCAGUUUAGUGUCAAUUUUAACAACCAAUUGAGACUGUUGAUCGUCAAAAUUUGUCUUGCUUUGACAGCUCUUAACUUUGUCACCAGACAUUUAAAUAAUGCCAAAUGAGGGUGAAACGUGGGUAAACGAUAAUUAUGUUGAUGUGAUAUUUAGCAGACUAGUUUUUCAGAUUCACUUAACCUUUCUUGGACCUCUUGGUGAUUGGCUGUAUAUAUCUACAGGCAGGCCAUUUACAAGCAGAUAUUAAGUUGACAUUCAGCUGAAUAUUGAUGCCCACGUACAUAGUGGAUAGAGAUUUGAGAUCAGACAGCAAACAGCCAGGUAAUAUUAGGGUCAGUGUUCCUGACUUACUUGUGGGGAACCAUCUAAUGUGCAAUCAGCUUUACAGUUGAUAUCAAUUUGAGUGUCAAAAUUAGACUCAAAAUAACGUGUUACCUUCACAUCUUCUGCCCGUGAAAUGAAGAAAGCUAUUUUCUUUAUUCUUUAUUGUCAUUGUACAGACAUACAACGAAAAUCAGGUGCACUCUAGAACCGAACUCAUCAAUAAGUAUAAAAGAUUUUAAAAGAAAAAGUACUUCCAUUCAUUCACUUCAACUCAUUCUACACACCACAUUUAUACCAUGCACUCAGUACCAACGUAUGCAGUUAAAAAGGAUUAAAAGUCAAUUUCUCAUCAAUGAGAAUAAAGUGCAUGCAUGCAGUUAAAAAGGAAUUAGUCCAUAUUGCACAUGGUUUUCCACAUUUAUUUCCCCACACAGUUACUGCAAAUGGUUCUUGUGUCACCAUGUGGAUAUUUUACUGUGGUCUAACCCUGUAGCUAGAUGUGUCAGGUGUGCUCGAGGUGGAACACAUCUGUACGUGAAAUGGUGUUGGUGUACACCGCUAAUUAGCUGAUUCAAUAAUUGGUUAAUUGGUGGAAUAAAAAAUGUCAAUAUUCACCCCGUAUCCCACACUCAGACAUCGGAGUGCCCCACAGUAAAUAUCACUGUCAGCCUCAAGCUCUUUCCACUGGGGUGAGAGCCAUACCUGCUGAUAUGGUGGAACACUGUCCGACAGCGGAACAUGACAGUUGAAUCAUGGGAAAUGAAGUUCCUCUGGGAUUCCAGGCCUGACACUGACUGGCAGCAGGCCAGUGAUGUAUAUUUCCUCAGUCAAUCCAAUAAAACUAAAAGAAGGGUGAAAAAAUAGAUCGUUCAGAUUAGCUUUAAGGAUUUAAAGGGCCCUCAUAGGGUCAAUACUGGUUUUUCAUAAGAUGGUUAUAGGGCUGUUGCAUAGGAUCAUUAAAUGAUGGUUAUAAGACAAUUUUAGCAUUGUGUUUAAGAUGGUUAGUGGGCAAUAUAGGACUUUUAAUUGAUGGUUAUAGGGCCAUUAUAGAACUGUCAUAAGAUGGACAUUGGGCAAUUAUAGGACGAUAAAUGAUGGUUAUAAGGUCAUUAAAGGACUGUUCUUAGAUUUUUACUGGGCAGCUAUGAGACAGGAAUGGGUAAAAGAAAAUGUCUGGAAAAAAACCUGAUGACAUGAAAUCCAAUCAGAUCUGUGCUGACUAAGGAUCAGUUUUGCCUUUUAGUUCAUAAUUUAACUGGUUGCCGGGUUACCUGGGAUGUAGAGAGUAUAGGCCCAAAGAUUUUGGGACCACCCCUUACUCAGCAUGUGAAAGAUAGGCUUCAAUGUUCAUUUAUGGCUAUUAUGAAGAUUAGCAUUUCUGUGAUCGGUUUGUAGCUUCUUGUUCUGUGUUCCAGUGUUCAUGUCGGCUGUUGUACUCAUUGCCAAUAUCCAUGGGUGCGCCUCCUGCCAAAUAAAGUCUUUUGAAUUGAA